AUGGAAACCCUCGAUUCACCAAUUCCCCUCACUCCACACGAUAAGCAGAUUUGUGCCUGGGCCACAUUGAUCGCUGUACUUUUUCUUCUCCCGCAAAUCGCAUUCAUUAUCCAACACAGUCGUCUGUUGUGCUCGAAAGAGCGCUGCUCGUUCAACUUCACGAUGGUUUUGCUUGGAAUUUGUGGAAUCGUGCAACUGUUGAUCCAUUUAUUGUCUGUUGUGAUCACCCUAAUGGGACAGGAUCAAGAUUGGAUUGAGAUUUUCUCUUCAAUAAUGCUCUCCACUUGGUUUGCCACUCUUCUCUUUGUGCCUUUACUGAUUUUGCAGAAGAUUUUGAACACUUUUACGAAACAAUCCAAUCGUGCCGAUAUCAUGCUCGUUUUUACGGUUUUAUCAGUUUUGAUCGUCAUUUUAUCGAUUUUUCUUUUUCUUUACUUUAUGGCCACGAAAAGUACGCAAUUUUUGUCAGCUACGUUUUCAUGGGUUUUGCUAGAGGAACCAAUGAUCAGAAAUCUCUACAAAAACGUCAGCUACGUUGUGAUUGGGUGCAUCUUUUUCGGGAAUUUGAUCAUUUUACUGCACAAAAUGAUAGCUGAACAGCCUCAAUUUGAGCGAAGCCAAGAUCACUCGCAGAGCUCACUUUUUUUCCUUCCCGCUUCGCUUUUCAUCGGCGUUUUGCUAAUUUUUUCGAUUUUCAUUCGUCCGAUAUUUCAAAUGGCCUCAAUCGGCACUUUUCUUUCGCAUUUUCUUUUCGUUUUUGCAAGUGCCGCUUUCGGGAUCAACAAUCUGUUGAGAAUCUGUUUCAUUGAGGAAACGGUAUUGCCAACGAAAGUCAGCGAGUUCUCGUCAUCGACAGCGGGUUCUCCAAAAGUUUCGCUAACGAAACAGCAAAAAAGCUUUCUCAAAUCUCUCAAGCAUAAAUUGAUCACCAAAUUG